UGCAGAAUUCUUGCAUUUAUAUGCUGAGGAUUUUUGGAAAAUUGGGGGGGGGAUUGCAUGCAAUUGCAAGCGAGAAGCGAGGGAAGGGGGGAAUCGAUCGGUGCAAAGGGGGGGCGAUGGAUGUCUGAAAAAGAAAAGAGAGAGAGAGAGAGGAGAGCGGAGGAGCAGGCAUGGAGCCCCCCCACCUUUCCAUCAAGCAGGAGCCCCUGGAUUCAGGAGAUUCCACGUGCCCGGAAGGAGCCUCCGAUUCCCAGCAUAGCGGCGAAUCUGGCCGUCUGCUGCAUCCCGCCGGGAACGGCCUGCUACGAGGGAUUACCAAAAAGGACCCCGUGUCCCUCUUGGCUGGAGGGCGCAAAUACUCGGACCAUUGCGAAGCGCGCGCUUCCAGGCCCGGCAAAAGCCGGAUUCCCGGGCGGGACCACCGGCGGUAUUACCACGAACAUUGGCGGGCUGAAUACCUGAUGGAUUUUAACGCGGCGCGGCACAGUAUGAUCUGCAUGGUGUGUGGGAGCUCCCUGGCGACGCUCAAGCUCAGCACCAUCAAGAGACACAUUCGGCAAAAGCACGCCUACUCGCUCACCUGGAACGCCCAGGAGAAAGCGGUCAUCAUGAACAGCUGGGAUGCCCACCUGGGCCUGGAGAUGGAGGUGGAGGGGGCCCGCGAGUCCGCCAAAGGAGCCGGUGUCCCCCCUGGGGAUCAUGGAGAGAUUUUGCUGGACGGAGGUUGCCGGACACGCCGUGGCCCGGCUCCCCUCCCCUCUCGUGGGGCACGCCGGCCCUCCAGCCUAACCCUGAAGUCUUCCCCGGAGGGCGAGUCCCAGAGCCUGGAGCAAUAUUUGAAGCAAUCCUUGCAAAGCUGGUUCCAGUCUGAAUUCCUGAUGGAUUACGACCCGCAGGGCAACCGUCUCUUCUGUAUGAUGUGCGGAUCCUCCCUGCCCAGUUUGAACCUGGAUGACAUCAAGCGCCACGUGAUGGAGGCGCACCCCACUUCCCUGGGCUUCAGCCCCGCGGAGAAGGGGGCCAUCCUGGAAGCCUGGAACUCUCGGGAGCUGGCGCUGGGAGCCGAGGGGAGAAAUGAAGAGGACGCAGAAACCGGCCUGUCUGCGCAACAGGAUCUGAACACGAAAGAGCUGGACUCCUCAGCCUCCCCAGAUCACCCCACGGCAGAGGAGGGGAUGGACGAGGCCGGCCCGUGGGACUCGGAAGAGAGCAGCCCUCGCGUUCCAGCACGUGGCCGAGACCACCGUCGCUACUUCCAGGAACACUGGAGGGUGGAGUACUUAAUGGACUACAACGGGGUGCGCCACGGGCUGGUGUGCAUGGUCUGCGGGAGCACCCUGGCCACACUCAAGAUGAGCACUAUCAAGAGGCACAUUCAACAGAAGCAUCCCGACUCCACGCAACUUAGCCACCAGGUCAAGGCGCUCAUCGUGCAGGAGUGGAAUCAGAAAGUGGCCCGCUUGGCGGAUGCCGACGACUCGCAGCCCGAAACAGAUGCCGAGGUGGAUCAAGCCGAAUCACGGCGUGUUUACAAGCCACCUGCAUCUCCCGAGGAUCCUCCAGAGGGUUGGGCCUCUCCUAAGAGGGAAGAAGAUACCCCCGGAGCAGACAGGCUGGCCCUGCCCCAGCCAUCUCCGGGGGCUGCCUCCACGCCAGUCGGGACCCUAUCUCGGCGGAGUCAGCGCCGAAACUACCAGCCCCGCUGGCGGGUGCAGUACCUGAUGGACUACGACGAGCAGAAACACGGCUUGAUCUGCAUGGUGUGUGGGGGCACGCUGGCCACCCUCAAAGUCAGCACCAUCAAACGCCACAUCCUCCAGGUGCAUCGCUUCUCUCUGGAGUACACCGAGCUGGAGAAACAGACAAUCCUCGAAGCUUACGGUGAAAACGACCGAGUUUCCGGUGGAAGGGAGCCGGGUCCAAAGGCGCCCGCUGUCAACUCCGAAACUCGGGAGGUUAAGCCAAAGGUGGAAGAGGCAAGGAAGAUGGCGUUGGAUUACAAGCUGUCUUUUGUGCGAUUUAGCCCCGGCUCUGAACAGUCGGGGAAACGGUGAAUGGGACGGUUUGUCGUUUCCUUGCGUCCAGCCGUGGACGGCAGAGAGGGUUCAAAUGUUUUUCGGAGAGCUGAGCAACGCUGCAGAGGCCCAGACAUAAUUCUUUUCCUUCUUGUCCAGAGCAUUUGUUUAAUUGCAUGUUGUGUUCCAGUAGCAACAGCUUUUUUUUUGUUUGUUUGUUCCUGGGCCUCUGGGCUGCAGAGAUUUUGACUCAGAAAACGUGGGGGCUGGGGGGCUUAUGGUACAUGGAGGCGCUCCAGAGCUGGGAGAAACGAAACCAAACGAAAAAAAGCAUAUUCCUCCAAGCCAGGAAUGGAAAAGAGCGGUGGACUUAUCUUGAAACAGUAAUUGUUAGGAGGCUUGCGAGCUGCUCAAUCUUCACGUAUGGCGUUUCUUAUCCUGCGACUUUGCUUCCGGAAGGCACUUAACAGGCUUGUGGAUGCGGUUUUAUUUUUUUAACUCUUGUGUUGCGGUAUUCAGAGGUACGGGCCAGCUGUAGCAAUUUCUGUGGUCAAGCCGCUUUGCCUCGUCGCUCAGGGUCAGAAAGCAGCUCUCCACGCAAGCAAGGCUGGGCAUAAUAACCCUUACCUGGAAACUAGUUGGCGUGGACCUGGUGCACACGGGCCUGCCUUUAGGUUUUUCAUUUAUUUUAAUUUUUUUUUUAAAAAAGGGAAGGUGCAUGCCACAAACCCAGAAGGAUUUCCACUAGUGUCGUUUUUGCUUCCUGCCUCAGGAAUGUCUUCGUGCAAGCAUUAGAAAACAGAAAACAGAGGGAGAACAGAUGGGAGAAGGUCGUGGUGUAAAAUGUUGGCCAGCAUUGUGACAUUAGGGAGUAGCACAAGGCAUUGUGGGUGGACGGGGCUGAUUCUAAGAAGCAAGCUUUUGGUUUUGCAACAGGGCUGUGGAAAAAGCCGGCCCUUUGGGUUCCAAAACUUCCAAGAGAAAUUCCCCAAGGAAAUGAUAAAUUAUGUUUCUCCUGCACCCCCAAAACUGAAUAAUGACGGCCGCACCCAGAACCCGGUGGCAUCACUUAAGGAAGUCCUGGGGAGAAUUUGGGCUGGGUUCACAAUUUUCUCUUGGGGCUGCACUUAACGCACGUGUAGAAGAGCGGACAUAUCACAAGAAAAAUCAAGGGAUUCUGUGUUUAGGGGACUGUACCAUGCCAGGUGGCGAAAGGGCAUCGUUCACAGGGUUUCUUCCGUGAAGAAUUGAAUUUUUCCCUAUUUUUUUUUUUUAAACCAACAGUACAGCACAGAAGGAAACAGGAGGACAGUUUAAGCUGUGAUGUUUUUUGGAUGCAGAAAAGCAACGAGAAAAAAGUCUUCAAAUGUCCCAAUUAAGUGCGGUCCAGAAAAACAAAAGUCGCAAGUCUGCUAGAUUUAAGAGUUUCGCUCUUCUGGUAUAAAUUACUAGCACUUCCAUCCUUGUGGGCUCCAGGUCUGUUCCUCUGUAGUAAAGGAUUAGCAGGCCAUGGAGGACUUCCACUUGAGCCAUGGGUUUUGCCUUCUGCAGUGGGUAGAGGGGUCUUUCCAAGGAAGAUGGGACAAUUUGGAAUGGUAGAUAUAAAUCCCGGCUAAGCAACGGGAGAGAAACAUCUGCUGGCCGAGAAGGAAUGAGUGGGAUGGGGUUUCAGAGGACCCUCUGGGCUGCACCCAAAUUGUUCGACUCUUAAUGGGCCAGCGAGGGUCUUUCAGGAAACGGUUUUGGAAAUAAGUGGGUAGGGAUCAAAUUGAAGGGCCCUGGGUGCUCUCUGAGCUGGGUGGUUCUCUUGCAGAUGUUUCAUGACCAAGGUAACAUCAUCAGUGCUAGAAGGAAAAGGAUGAAGAAGAGGACUGUGAGGUCCUUGGUGU